CAAGGACUAUCUACUCGGUCUUGUGAAUAUUCCACCCGAUGUCCAGGAUGUUCGACAGGAUUUGAAGUUGGCCCUGAAUGAGACAGUGGAUACCUGGCACAGAUACCAAGCUUUUAUAUUGGACCAGUAAGCAACUUUCUGGUACCGAAUUAAAAGAGGCCAGAGUUGUUCCGUGGUACUGCUGCGAAUAUUAGAUCAAGCAUGCAAAUGAAGAUGAUGAAGACAAGCAUCUACCGAAUACGAUUCUCGACCUUGUGCAAAAUACUCUUAAAUGUCAACAUGAACGGUGGAGAACACACAUAUUCUCUUCAUGCAGCCUGCGCUAAAAGUAAUAUCGAGCUUGUCCAGCUGGUACUGGAAUACGGGGCAGAUUCUGACAUUAAGGGCCACGGAAUUGGCAAUACUCUUUAUGCUGCCUACAGCAAGGGUCAAUCGAAACGGCUCCAUCUGUUGCUACAAUAUGGGGCGAAUCCUAACGUGCAUGAAGAGUUCCUUGGCAGUACAUUUCACUCUGCCUGUCAAUGA